AUUCUGCGAAAGAAAGGUGAAGGCUCUGAGUUCCGUGGCUUUCUUUGAUAACUUCAAAAAUUUCGGUCAUUAGACGAUAUUGCAAAUAGAACUCUGGUGUUUUUAUGCUUAAUCUUUGAGAACUUAUAAAAAUGACCGCAGUGAAAUAAUAAAUUAAUCCUCCUGACAAUAGAAAAUCAAAGCAACAUCUGAAAGUUUGCACUCUUAGAUGAGCAUGGGAUCUGUAGGAGUGUCCCGAAUCAAGAAGAUCGGCCGAAGUUUGGGCAACAACGUGGCAAGGGCUGGGGCAGGAGUCGCGGCUCGACUGAGAGCUCCUUUCCACGUUGUCCUCGUGGGAUUGGAUGGAUCAGGCAAAACUACGACGCUGUUACGUCUCCGUUACGGAAGAUAUGUUAACACAACGCCGACCGUAGCCUUCAAUUGCGAGAAAAUUCGAUGUGGUGGAAGCUCGUGGCUUGUCUGGGACGUAGGCGGCAGCGAACGUCUCCGGCCGCUGUGGCGACCGUACACCCGUGCGACAGACGCUCUCAUAUUCGUUGUUGAUGCUUGUAGCAACGCUGAUCGACUUGAGGAAGCACGACUGGAGCUCCAAAGAUUGUUGAAACAACAGGCGGCCCAGUGUGGAGUAUUGGGGAUCAGUAAGCCACCUUUACUGCUACUAGCAAAUAAACAGGAUCUUCCUGCUGCUAAAUCCCUCAACGUUUUGACUCACACGCUCGGAUUGGAUGACAUCAAGGACCAGCAUCCAUGGGUGGCGGCAUCCGCGUGUGCAGUUACUGGGGAAGGUCUUGAGCAAGCUUACUCUGCUCUCAGAAAACUGCUCCUUGUGAGCAGACAGAAGAAUAAAAGUAGGAAGUAAUAAUUAUUCGGCUGUUUUAAAUGCAUUUUAGUAUGUUUUAAUUUGUCGCUUUUAAAUGCAUUUUAGUAUGUUUUAAUUUGUCGCUAUCAGAGGGCGAGGAGCCGGCACUAACUACAUUAAUUUGAGCUUUCGUUGCUGCGAGGAAACAUCUGCUGAAAAACAUGAGGGCAAAGCAGUUGACUGAUUUAUUGUACUGCUGUCAGCUAUGUAUGUAGUCAAGAUCAUCCAUAGCUUUGUGUUGCUAUCAAGCGAGAUCCAAGUGAGUUGCGUGUGUUGGGAAUGAGAUGUGAAAAAAGCGUCAAAUAAUCCUUUCUGUGUGUUAUUAUUGAUUAGUGCACAACGUCCAUGCUAUCACAAAUUUCGUUUAUUUCUCUAAUAUAAUUAGUUGGUUAUUUUAAAAGAACUAUCCGAGAAGUCUCAUUACUGUUGAAUAAAAUGAAAAAUAGUUGACUUAUGAAUGGUUGUUUUUAAGGGAAUGAAGGCCUUUUGGCCUUAAAUUACCUAUGAUACCACGUAAUCUCUUACUAUUCUUCUUAUUAUGGAUAUGUACAAAACUCCUUAAUGUAAAAGAAAUCUUACUCUACUCAUCAGACAUUACUGCUAUGACUAAACAUCUAUAAAGUAUUAUUUGAACCCAUUCUUAAAGCUCGCGCUCCAUUUUACCAAAUUUUUCUCAUUUUACUCAUUUAUUAUCCCCAUAAAUUGUUACGGGAUUUAUGUCUACGUUACACAACCGCAACCUACAGCUACUAUUGUGGAGAAUUACAUCGUCGUAGAAUUUUGUGGUGAGCUGUGGGUCUAAAGGUCGGGUCGUUGGUGGCUGGGAAAGUCUGGCUGCAGCUGCCAAGCCUACGGAUUAUAAUUCAAAUCGUCAAAACAUGUGUUAUGAGAUGAGGAAAAAGGCGAUUCUUUUUGUUAAGUAGCAGCUUCCUUGUAAAAAUUACGUUUGUCAAAUCGGGAGCCACUGGAGGCCAGCAGCCGGUCAACUCAAUAAUAUUAAAAAGACAAUUAUUGCCUGUGAUGAUGCCUAAUCCAGAAGGUAUUUUGAUCUUUUUCAUUCCCGUAAAUAUUUUAUUUCGUUCUGGUUAAUGUACUGGCGCAGGAUCAGCAAGCACCAAAUACUCUUCAUCAGUUCCUAAAGUAAAGGCCAGUAAUCGAAGACCAUUUUUUAUGAACACACUUUCACACAACUUUCGGUCGAAAUAUUAUAAUUAUUGGGUAAUGUCUUGUGUUUGUUAAAAUUUCUUCUUCAGGGCUGCUUUAUUAGAACAAUAAAGGUUUUUGUAUUAUUUUCAUUAGUUGGUCACGAAACAUAUACGUUAUAGUUGUGUCCCACAACAGGAUACUCCCACUUAUGCGCCGCAUGUUCAUGAACUUGAUCCCACGUAAUCUGAUCAUGGCAAUCUGGGACGACCAUUGACCUUCCUCCUGUUACCUGCCGAUAAUUUAAAAUAAGGCAUUUCAGAUUGUACAGAUGUUUAUCGAAAACGGCUAAAGGCUGCCCCUUGAAUUUGUGCUAGAUUUCUCCAUCAGUUCACUUUUUGUAAACCGGUUCAGUCACAUCCAGUUCAUCUUGUUCCAAAUGUUACAUUUUAUUUGUGCUGCCAUCAUUUAUUAUUCCUCACCUUUAUUCGAUUUGUUAGCUUACGUGAAGUUAUGUGAAAUCUUUCUUCUUGAAAUUUCAUAAUUAGAUAUUUUUGAUGAAAGUUUGCGAUUAUGGUAAAGGCUCCUCGUCUUAUAGAAUCAUUUGCUACCUCAAAUUGUGCGUAGAAAAAGUAUGAUUUUGGCCUAUGCUUAUUUUGUGCAUAGGUUGUUAACUUUUUUGUGACUUCAAUGGAUACAACCUGUCGUAAAUUAAACAAGUAAUUGGUGUAAGGACUUGGCUUGGUGAAAAGAUGAGGUAUCCUAGACGGUUUAAACAAAUUGCUUCACUUACAGUCGCUGUUCGACCUAUUAAACCUUUAUUACUUAAUUGAUAGCGCAUUCUAUGAUAAGUUUACUUAUUAUUAAUUAUUUAUUGUCAGGUUUUAUUCUCUAUUUUCAAAUUCAUCAUGUUAUAUUUUUGAUUAUUGAAGUCCGUAUUUGAGUAUUAUUUCGAUUAAAGUACUUUGUAUAGAUAUUGUGCAUUAUAUACCUUGCCGUCACCCAAGUUGUUGACGAAAGCAAAUUAAUACGGUUUUUCUUUACAAUGUAUACUUUUCACCUGCAUUUUAUGGAAGAAUGUUCAUAGUUCAUUUUCUUCGCGUCGCCAAAUGACUAUUUUUUUUACUAUGCAGCUGCUAGCAAAUAUACUUCUUGUGAUCCUGUCAUCUAUUUAGAGUAAUUUAUCCUCCAGGGUCGGAUUGGAGAAAGUAUUACCGGGAGCUGCAUCAUUUUUCAAAGUUUCUAAUUAAUUGGCAGACUUACAAUAAAGCUUUCACGCUGAUUGGUUCCUGCAUUUAUGGCAUGACUCACAAAUCUCAGUAUGUGGUGUCUAGGCCUAGUACAAAAUAAUCAUCUUCAUUAUCGUAAUUCCUGUCGCAUAGUCUCGCUGCGGUAUUGAUAGCUCUUUCUCUUUAAUAACUAAAAUAUUUUUGAAGUCCGGCCCUUUGGUGGGUGAAAGCCAUACUCGAUCAUCCUUUUGUUGUCAUUGUAACUGUGAUGUAUUUAUCUAGAAAUAAAGUUUAACAGUAA